AUGGCAUCAUCUGCUGCGAGGAAACCAGGACAACUAGAAGUGCCAGCGGCAGCGUCCGGGAUUGAACGACCCAAGCUCACCACCACGACCACGCGAACGACCGUGCACCGUCUCCCUCCUCCAGCGCUGUUCCAAGGCCCUCCGUCCAAAAAUGCAUCGCACAUCUCCCUCGUGGUCCCUCCCGACCGUCCUCCCACCGAGGCCGAAGGAGGCGCCCAACAGGGCCAGCGCAAGAUUAUCCGCCCGUCUCGAGUUCCUCCCGCCCCGUCUUUCUCCGGCACGUCGCCAUCUCAGCUACGUCCCCCUGCCGCAGGGACAGAUGGGGACGACCAGCGCGCCGAGCAGCUCUGGGCGGAGAUGCAAAAGACACUCGCAGACGUGGAGAUCUCGGCCAUGAACACCUCUCACGUCUUUGGCUCGUCUCACUUACGAGCAUUGGAAGAGCUACGGACCGCGCAACUGUCCCUGGCGAAGACGUGGGCGAAGAUUGAGGCGGACGAAUCGUUGGACCAUGACUUCGACAUCGUCUCGCAGAAGGAGUCGAACUUGGGCGCGACAUUGGAGAACAAGACCUCCGCAACGCCAUCCGGUCUCCAACGGCCACCAAAGGGCACAGGUGCGACCGGCACCGGCACGACGGCCUCGCCUGCGACAGUCAAGGACGCAGGAUCCCCUGACGGGAAGCCCAGCGCGUUUACGAACGACAAGAACCUCGAAGAAGAAACGGAGCGGGACAUCCAACUCGCGCGGCAACGGCGCGAGGCCAACGACCGGUAUUUCUCGCAGGUCAACAAAGGCGUGCUGGACGUGGUGAGCAAACUGGACGAGGUCGCCGGCGCCAUGAGGCGAGUCGAACGAGAGAGUCGGGAGAUUUGGGACGAGUCGAGCGAGGAUUCGGACGAUGCCAAUGAAACCGGCGGCAGUGACACGGAAGGCGAGGCCACAGACCGGACGGGCAUGACGGAUAGUCCUGUGCCUGUGAGGAAGGAUGGCUGA